AUGAUCCUGAAACCUUUGUCAAGCUUGAUCCUUGUGCUUGCCCUCGCUGCUGUCAGUCCCGUCCAUGCGGCCAUUGUUGAACCCUCCGUUGCUACCACUGCCAUAGCUGCUCCUUCUACAGCUAACUUGGGUCCCUCACGGUCUACACCCAUGGCCAAGGCCAUAACUCCAGCCGCCGUCGACUCCUUCGCGUCCUCUCAGGUCCCAUCCCAUCCUAAUUUAAAGGAUCCUACAGGACCUUCGAGUAUGCGGAAGGUCUCGGGUUGGCCGUCGUUGUUGAAGAUUGAGAUUGAUGAGCUGGAGAUUGGAGGGCUGGCGGUACCGUUUGUGCAGACGUCGCUCCGGAACUCGAAGAGUGGGUUCAAGAACUUUGGGAAUGCUGACCUUGUGUCUCCUAAUUCUGGUCCUGAUGCUGAGGACAGAUCGAGUGGUGCUGAGAAUGAGCAGGCUGGUCAAGUCGUCAAGUAUGCUUGA